GCGGCUCGGCGGCGCGGCGGCGCGGCGGCGCUGGAAGAACUGUGCGGCCGUGUUUUCGGCGAGCAGGCCAGACCGCUCCUAGUUGCCGGCUGUCCCUUCCCCGGUGGCGGCGGCCAGGCCACAGUCCUGGCUCUCGCGGCGCCUAGACUAGCGGCAGAGCGGGUCCCAGGAGCGAGGGACUCAGGUGUGCACGUGGGGACCAGUCUUACGGAAGCUGAGUGAGGAAGGUCACUGGAAACUCACACUCCAGCUCCUCUCUGCCCACAGCUGCACAGCGUACCUGGCCGUCCUUGUGGAUUAGCUCCAGAAAGGAAGCUUUGCUUAUUUGCCAAGCUACAUCCAGAUCUCAUUAUGCAUCAGAAAAAUGAAAAAACAGAGGAGAAGUCUAUGGAGGAAAGGAAUUCACUUUGCCUUUUCUGAGAAAUGGAAUACAGGGUUUGUAGGCUUUAAGAGAUUCUAUUUUCACCAACACUUGUGCAUUCUAAAAGCUAAGUUAGGAAGGCCAGUCACUUGGAAGAGGCAGCUGGGCUAUUUGCAGUGUGGAAAGAAGUCUCUUGAAAUUCAGAAAACAUGGAUCCACGGUGAAGCACUGUGUGCCAAGCCCAAGCCCAGUGUGGCUACUUCGAGUGCUAGCACUGGGUCCUCUAAAGUGGAGAGAGAGAAAACUAAGCACUUCAUUUCUUCCUCAAGGGGCCUCCCGAGACUUCAUGCAGAGAAGUUGCCGUCCUCAGCAAGGAACUCAGACCAUGAAUCCUGUGGAGAGAAGAAUCUCUUGAAGGCAGUUGCUGGUCUGCCAGCAAAUAGUGUUGUAGGUCAGGCCAACGGUCGCAGACCCAGGACAGCACCACAUGACUUUCCCAUGACGUGCAGUGGGGAGAGCCAGAGUCCAGGGGAGAGUGGCAAGAUUGUGGUCACUCUGAGCAAACAUAAAAGAAAACGCUUUUGUUAUGGCUGCUUCCGAGGGCUGGAGCGCCACAGAAAUGGGGGACUCCUGAUUCCUAGAAAGGUUCAACUUAACCAGCAUCGAAGGAUAAAAGUGUCUCCUCUUAUGAUGUAUGAGAAAUUAUCCAUGAUAAGAUUUCAGUAUAGGAUUCUCAGAUCACAGCACUUCAGAACAAAAAGCAAAGUCUGUAAGCUAAGAAAAGCCCAGCGAAGCUGGGUACAGAAGGUCACUGGAGACCAUCAAGAGACCUUUAGGGAUAACGUGGAGGGCGGCAGUUGCAGCCCAUUCCCUUCUGCAGAACUGAGAGACUCUUCUUGCCGGCAUCAGCUGCACGCCCCAGAUAUGGACAGUGAUGUGCUGGCAAAGGGAAAGAACUCUCCCAUGCCCGAAGGCUGCACCAAAGGGAGCCUUUACGGGGGCAAGGAGCCUCGUGUAGAUGACACAUUUCCUGACCAGCAGAAUGGCGUUGCCACUGACGCCUGGGACCAGACACCUUGUUCCCCUCAGUGGGAGUGUGCAGGGCUGACUGGUGAGCACCCCUUGUCAGAACAUCAUCUAAGUAACAUGUUCCCCUCGGAAACUCAGAGAGACGCUCUGGCUCUGAGUCGGGAGAAUGGGACAGGUGCCGUGGGUGACAGCAAGGUAGAGCUGUCAGCGCCUGGAGCCGAGGAAGCUGGGAGUGGUGCGGAUGGGCCUGGGUCUCACCAGAAUAUGGAGCACGAGAGCUGCCAGAUGGAGGAGGAAGGGUCACUCAAGCAGAACAUCCUCAGCUCCAAGCUGCUAGACCACCCGUACUGUAAGAGUCCACUCGAAGCGCCUCUGGUGUGCAGUGAACUCAAGCUAGAGAGUCCCUUGCGAGGCGGCAAGAACAGUCAGAAGGCGUCACCUGUAGACGAUGAGCAGCUGUCCAUCUGCCUUUCUGGAUUCCUAGAUGAGGUUAUGAAAAAGUAUGGCAGUUUGGUUCCACUCAGUGAAAAAGAUGUCCUUGCAAGAUUAAAAGAUGUCUUUAAUGAAGACUUUUCUAAUAGAAAACCAUUUAUUAAUAGGGAAAUAACAAACUAUCGGGCUAGACAUCAAAAGUGCAACUUCCGCAUCUUCUACAAUAAGCAUAUGCUGGAUAUGGAUGAUCUGGCCACUCUGGAUGGUCAGAACUGGCUGAAUGACCAGGUCAUUAAUAUGUACGGCGAGCUGAUAAUGGAUGCAGUCCCAGAUAAAGUUCACUUCUUCAACAGCUUUUUUCAUAGGCAGCUGGUAACCAAAGGAUAUAAUGGAGUUAAGAGAUGGACUAAAAAGGUGGAUUUGUUUAAAAAGAGUCUUCUGCUGAUUCCUAUCCACCUGGAAGUCCACUGGUCUCUCAUUACAGUGACACUUUCUAAUCGAAUUAUUUCAUUUUAUGAUUCACAAGGCAUUCAUUUUAAGUUUUGUGUAGAGAAUAUAAGAAAGUAUUUGCUGACUGAAGCCAGAGAAAAAAACAGACCUGAAUUUCUUCAGGGUUGGCAGACUGCUGUUACGAAGUGUAUUCCACAACAGAAAAAUGACAGUGACUGUGGAGUCUUUGUGCUCCAGUACUGCAAGUGCCUCGCCUUGGAGCAGCCUUUCCAGUUUUCGCAAGAAGACAUGCCGCGCGUGCGCAAGCGGAUCUACAAGGAGCUGUGUGAGUGCCGGCUCCUGGACUGAAGUUGGCGAGGACUUGCAAAGCCUGACCAUGUUGGAGCAGAUGGUUUGUUACUUGAACCUCCACUUAUUUGGAUUUUUACAGAUAUUUCAGAUCAGUGGUAUUGGGCCACUGUUGUUACCUCAAAUUUAUUUCUGCCCUUAUUCAUUUCUCCAGCUACCAUGUACUUUUUUAAUGUUCAUUUUGGUUUCAUUCUUAA